GGAAAGGGAAAGGGAAGCGGGGAAGUGGAGGGGGACCGGGAUCCCACAACGCCAACGCCAACACAGCACAGCAGGGCACAGUGCUGCUGCUGCACCCACACAACAACAACAACAUCACCGAGCUAGCGAACGGGCGAGCUCCCUUCGCUUCGUUUCGCCCGCUUGUUCGUGAAAUUGCAGCUCUCGGCUCUGCUGCUGCUGCUGCCUGCGUGCCUUCCUGCGGCGCUGAGGAAUGGAGAGGACUCGUCUUGUCGUUAGGCCAACUAUCCGUCGUCUUCGUCUCCCCGUAUAGUUCUCUUGUGGCCGCAGCCCUCUCUGCUUCCAACGCGCCAGUUGCAGCCAUGACUUCUCGCGGUGAUGCCGAGAAUGGUAAGGCUGCAGAUAAGAUGGCAGCAUUUUCAGUGGUUAGGAAGAAGACGCCAUUUCAAAAACACAGAGAAGAGGAAGACGCUAAAAAAAGGCGAGCUGAUGAAGAAGCUGCACGUCUGUAUGAAGAGUUCGUGGAGUCGUUUAAAGCAGAUGAUGCUCCUGGUGGAAAAGGCGUUUGUGCGGGGUGGGACUAUCAAUCCUGAUGCCAAACUACC